UUGCCGCUCUCUCCGGUGGCGGCGGUGGUGAUGGCGACGUACGUGAGCGAGCUGGAGGCGGCCAAAAAGAGCCUGAGCGAGGCGCUGGGCGAGAAUGUGAAGCAGUACUGGGCCAACUUGAAGCUCUGGUUCAAGCAAAAAAUCAGUAAGGAGGAGUUUGACCUGGAAGCACGCAGGCUUCUCACGCAAGACAAUGUCCACUCUCACAACGAUUUCCUCCUGGCCAUUCUUACCCGAUGCCAGAUCUUGGUUUCCGCACCAGAAGGUGCUGGAUCUCUGCCAUGGCCAGGUGGCUCUGCAACUAAACCUGGAAAACCCAAAGGAAAGAAAAAGAUUUCUUCGGUUCGACAAAAGUUUGAUCACCGGUUCCAACCUCAGAAUCCGUUGUCUGGAGCCCAGCAAUUUGUGGCAAAGGAUCCGCAGGAGGAUGAUGAUUUGAAGCUCUGUUCUCAUACCAUGAUGCUUCCUACACGUGGCCAGUUAGAAGGAAGGAUGAUCGUAACUGCGUACGAGCAUGGGCUAGAUAAUGUCACAGAGGAGGCGGUGACCGCGGUUGUUUAUGCUGUGGAGAACCAUCUUAAGGAUAUUCUGACAUCUGUGAUAUCCAGGCGGAAAGCCUAUCGUCUGAGAGAUGGCCAUUUCAAGUAUGCCUUCGGAAGCAAUGUUAACCCUCAGCCGUAUCUGAAGAACAGUGUUGUUGCUUAUAACAAUUUAAUUGAGUGCCCUCCAACCUGCGCAACACCUUCUGCCAGCCAGAGUCUAGCUCCCCAGCCCCCGCCCGAUGAUGCUGAGCAGCAGGCAGCUCUACUUCUAGCAUGCUCUGGAGACACCUUACCAGCAUCCCUCCCGCCAGUGAACAUGUAUGACCUUUUUGAAGCAUUACAGGUGCACAAAGAAGUUAUUCCUGCGCACACUGUCUACGCUCUAAACAUUGAGAGAAUUGUCAUGAAACUGUGGCAUCCAAACCACGAGGAGCUACAGCAGGAUAAAAUCCAUCGCCAGCGCUUGGCAGCAAAGGAGGGCCUUCUACUCUGCUAGAGCUAGGCAGCCAUGUCAGGCCUCAGAUGGCUACAGUGCUGUUCCUUGGACUUCACAUUCAGAUGCUUCUUGCAAAUCUGUGUCAGCAUUUCAAGGAUGGUGUAAGUUAUGAGUCAACUUUUCCUAUGGAAAUAUGACUGAGUUGCGGUACACUUU